GCUACCUCCCCCCGUCUGCCAGUGGCUCCCCUCAUUUCCACCCCCACUUCCGCAGCUUCGCCUUCCCGCCUCACUCUCCCAAAAAACCCACCGCCAUGGCGCCGCAUUUCGUACUGGGCCCCGGCGUACCGCAGCAGCUGCUCAUCCAGUCGGCGGCCGCCGGCGACCUCCCCGCCUUCAAGAAGUUUGCUCGUAUGCUGGACGGCGGGAAGGGGCGGCUCAAGGAGGCGGUGGAGGCCGUGAAGAACCGCGGCGCUGGGGCUCUGCACCAAGCCGCCCGCUACGGGAGGACCGCGAUGUGCGCGUACAUGGUCGAGGAGCUCCAGGUGGACAUCGACGCCGCCGAUGAGUUAGGCGCUACGCCUCUUGGUUAUGCAAUUUAUGGUGGGAUUGUGGAUACUGUGAGCUAUCUUCUUGAUCAUGGUGCAAAUCCAGAUAAGCCAAAUGAAAAAGGGUGUACCCCUCUCCAUCUAGCAGUUGAACAAGGACAUUGCGAGAUAGUAAAGGUCUUACUGGUGAAAGGUGCUAAUGUUGAUUCAUCUUCUGACCAUGGGACACCACUGCAUGUUGCUGCCUCAAAAAGUCAGGAUGGUUGUAUGAAGAUUUUGUUGGACCACCAUGCAGAUUGUAACAAGACAUUCUCUACAGUUUGUACACCUCUCAUUGCUGCGAUGAUGGGUCGCUCACUGAAAUGUUGUAAGCUUUUGAUUGAGGCUGGUGCUGAUGUUAAGGGUGUUGGUACUUUUACCCCCUUAAUAGUUGCUGCAACUGAAGGCUUAACUGAUUUCUAUAAGUGCUUACUGGAGGGUGGUGCUGAUCCUGAUGUGCCUGAUAAAUUUGGGUUUCUGCCCAUAGAAAUUGCUGCACGUCAGAACAGGAGGAAAGAUGUGGAGAUCCUACUUCCAGUAACUUCUCGUAUUCCAUCUGUGCAUGAUUGGAGUGUUGAUGGGAUGAUUACUUAUGUAAACAAACAGGUGGAGGUUGACCCUUUCUUCAAAAUAAGACCAGCUGAUCUGAAGUUGGAAGGAAAUAGGGCAUACAUGAGAAAAGACUAUCUUACUGCCGCAAAACUCUACAAUAUGGCGAUCGAGCACGACCCUGAAGAUAUGACCUUGUACUCUAACACGAGCGUUUGCUGGCUUAAGAUGGGUAAAGGAAUGAAUGCUUUGGAAACUGCUCAAGUUUGCAGGAUAUUGCGCCCUGAUUGGCCCAAGGGCUGCUACAGGGAAGGGACCGCUCACAUGUUCAUGAAGGACUAUGAAAAGGCCUGCAAUGCAUUUCUUGAUGGUUUCAAACUGGACCCAGCGAAUAUUGAGAUUGAAAAUGCGCUACGGGAGGCUUUGAAAUCAUUGAAGGCGUCUCGUGCUGCUUGAAUUGCCUAUCUGUUCGAGAGAGAACUAACUUUUGUACAUGAGUAACACUUGUGUUUGCAAAGCCGUCAGCCAUGCCACUAGUUGCUGAAGGUUUUCACCAGGUUCAUGUAUUCUGUGACUCCCAUCAGACCACCAGCUAGUAUCAAUUACACCGUAUAAUUAUAUCUUAGUACUUUUUUUACUUGCGGAGAAUAGUAUUAUCGCUGAUUAUGAACAAACUAUUAUCACUGAUUAUGAUACAAAUCUAUAUUGUUAGUU